GCCGCCGCCCCGGGCAGCUCGAGGCUUGGCGAGGCGGGGCGGGGCUGGGCGCCACGGGAAGGGGAGGCCGCGCUGCCUGGGGACAGAGCGACCGACCGGAGCCGCUCUCACAGCGCCAGCCGCGAUGGGGCUGGAGACGGAGAAGGCCGACGUGCAACUCUUCAUGGCCGACGACGCCUACAGUCACCACAGUGGCGUCGACUACGCAGAUCCCGAGAAAUACGUAGACUCUAGUAAGGACCGGGAUCCUCAUCAGCUCAACUCGCAUCUCAAGUUAGGUUUCGAGGAUCUGAUCGCAGAGCCGGAGACUACCCACUCCUUUGACAAAGUGUGGAUCUGCAGCCAUGCCCUCUUUGAAAUCAGCAAAUACGUGAUCUACAAGUUCCUGACGGUGUUUCUUGCCAUCCCCUUGGCCUUCGUUGCGGGCAUCCUGUUUGCUACCCUCAGCUGCCUGCACAUCUGGAUCUUAAUGCCUUUUGUGAAGACCUGCCUAAUGGUCCUGCCUUCCGUGCAGACAAUAUGGAAGAGUGUGACAGAUGUUGUCAUUGGCCCACUGUGUACAAGUGUAGGCCGCACCUUCUCAUCUGUGAGCAUGCAGCUCAGCCAUGACUGACCACUUAGACCCCAGGCUCUGAUGUUUGGAUACUGCAUCUCUCUGUGGAUGUAACAAAAGCUGUUCUGUCCACUUCCCAAUUGUUAUAAUUAAGAACACUCUUCAAACAUGGCCAAAGUUCAUAAAUGCUCACUGACAGAUCUUACAUAUACUGAGUUU